AUGGGUGACGGCGGGGCGGCGGAGGAGAGCGGGCAGUUUUUAAAAAGGUCAGAGGUGGAGAUUCUUCGAGGAGAUAGAGCAGGUCAUCACACACGGAACAAGAUGAGACUUUCUUUUCAUCCCGGUGCCUCACACCUCGCCCUCCUUUCCUUCGCCCUCCUCUCCUCCAUCCCACGCCCCGUCACAUCAUACCCCUAUCCUCCCACCACCGUCCUGCCCACAGUGGGUGGAUCUGAGCUGGAGUCUACCCUCCUGCACCUCCAGGCUGCUCUGGAAGAGCCGGGGGACGUCCGGAGUGAAGCCUGGGCUGAGUGGCCUCGAGACAUCCAGCCAGGUGAGGAGAGUGAGGAGGAUGACGGGUCGUGGGAAGAAGAAGCUCUGCUGCGGGCCCAGAGAGGAGACCUGAUGGUCCGGCCGUUGUCGCCCUUCCCUGAGGGUCACUCUCUGGAGAGCAUGCACUACGAGGAGGGGGGAGAGGGGGAGGACGGGUGGAAGAGGAACGAUGCUUUGACCUCCAUUGCGGGAGGACUCCAAGCUGUCAGUCGUGAGAAGGGAGGGUUUGGUUUCCGCUUUGGGAGGAAAAGAUGGACAGACGGGGAGUGGAUGGAAGGAGGAGAGGGAGAAGAGAGGAGGACAAGUGGAACCGACGAGGACGGAGUCUCAACAGGGACGAGAGACGAGAGCGAUGAAAGAAAGAAAGGCUGAUACGCUUCAGAGGUGACUGACAGAUUAUAGCACACAUCAUGAACUCUGUAAAUGUGACACCUUCUAAUUUCAUUUUCAGAACAACGUGGCACAAAAGUAAACACAUAUCUGCAUAAAUGUGGUAACCUGAGAAACGAGAUUUUAUCCUAUGCUCUUGUUUUCCUUCUGAAACAAUACGAAGGCUCAUUUUACUGGAUGUACAGAACAAGCGCAGCUCGUCGUGUCUAAUCUGAAAGUGUAAUAUAGCAUGUACACGGAGCUUCUGUGUUUGUUUGUUGGCUUAAACAUGACUCAUGAAUAAAGAGCUGGGAGGUGCAGCUCUCGGCACAGCUGUAAAGGCUGGACGUUGUCUUGUUUUCACUCUAUACUCUUCAGAAGCACCUUUACCUCAGGAAUAACUGCACCAGCUCUUCCUGAGAGCAAAAAGGAAACAGCACCACAGCCUGAGUCUUCCUGCUCAGGCCACUCCCUCCAGGUGACAUCACCCGCCCUUCAUCAUCCGACACACGUCACAUUUUCAGCUCCCUCCUCUGCUCUGAGAGAACUGCAUCUUUGUCCCUUAUUGACUUGUUUUUAUCUUUAAGUGAUGACGUAUGAAUCCUGCCUCUGGGUACAAACUGCUCUCUG